CAAGAAGUUGAUAGGGGCAACCAAGUCUAAAAUUUUGGUAGAAGUACAAAACAAACCAAAUCUUUCAGCAAUCUUUAUUUCUUUAUCGACAAUACGGAGAGUAAAGUCCUGCAUCAAAGGGGUCAACUUUCCUUCGCAUUUCCGUUAUGUGGUAAUCAACCAUACGCGUACACCGACCCAGCUUAUAUACCUCGCCAACAACUUAACCAGAUCUCCUCCUCAUUCACAGAAAUGCAGCACUAGUUGCAUUUCUUUCUACUCCGAUCUCAUCUCUGAUUCUUCGUAGAUCCCCUUCGGGUCAUCCUGUAGUAGACAAAUCAUGAAUCCGCGUGCAAAUCAUGGUUUUGUCAUUCUAUUCCUCUUCGUUUUCCUCGUCGCAUCUCGCGUUUUCGCUCAGGAUGUUGCCGGUGAUAAUGAGAAGGACGACUCAACCGGAUCCAUUAUAGAUCUAGGUCGGCGUAGCAAAGUUGUUGUGGAAAGAAUUAAAAACAAUGUCAUAGGUGACAAGAUUGAUCCAAAAGCUGUACUAAAUUUGGAUCCUGGUCUUGGUGUUUUGGAUGCAUUUUUUGCCAGUUUGUCAAUGAUUCUUGUCAGUGAGAUUGGAGAUGAAACUUUUAUUAUAGCAGCUCUUAUGGCAAUGCGUCAUCCAAAGUCAAUUGUUCUAUCAGGUGCACUCAGUGCUCUGUUUGUUAUGACUAUACUUUCUACAGGGCUUGGUAGGAUUGUUCCAAAUCUGAUAUCAAGAAAACACACAAACAGUGCUGCUACAGUUCUUUAUGCCUUCUUUGGGCUGCGUUUGCUCUAUAUUGCUUGGAGAUCAGACUCAAAAGCAUCUCAAAAAAAGGAGAUGGAGGAAGUAGAAGAGAAAUUAGAGUCUGGACAAGGCAAAACAGCUGCCCGAAGAUUCUUUUCUAGAUUCUGUACUCCUAUUUUUUUGGAGUCAUUUAUACUGACAUUUUUAGCGGAGUGGGGGGACCGAAGCCAGAUAGCAACUAUUGCUUUAGCGACACAUAAAAAUGCAGUUGGUGUUGCAUUAGGGGCAACAAUAGGUCACACGAUCUGUACAUCAAUAGCAGUAAUUGGGGGAAGCAUGUUGGCAUCAAAAAUUUCACAAGGCACGGUUGCGACAGUUGGGGGUUUGUUAUUUCUUGGGUUUUCUCUCUCAUCUUACUUCUACCCUCCUCUAUAACCUCGUGUAAUUUCACUUUGUUUUAUUCUUUUUGUAUUAAUAUUAGUUUAUGUAAAACGUUAUGUUGAUCGAUAUUUUGACACAUCAAUAUUCAAUAGUCAAAACAGUACACUUGUGUUGUGUGCAUUAUAUAUUGUUGGCCACUUCAUCUAUAAAGGAUAAUUCAAAUUGGAUUACAAGAGGUUUUUCAUCGUUCAAGACGAUUAAGCUUUUGCAGCUGCAAAAUUUGGAGUUUCAUAUGUCAUUAAAGGAAUGAUAAGUAACAUUUCACUACAAUUGGCAAGAUCCUCUUGAUCAUACGCUCUAGGAUGUAUAUUCAUAUCUAAGUUUAGGUUAGAGGUCAUCAAUAAAUGUAAAGUAUCAUUACCUUGUACCUGCAAUAAGGCAGACACGGUUUAACUUUAGUAUGAAUCCGUUUUGCAAUCCAAGACCUCAAAUCAAACAAAAAGUUGUUAAUGAGUUACACAAAGUGUAUGGAGAAAAGGAUACUUGGGAUGAAGAUAUUCGACUUGAAACAUCCUGAACUAACAAGCUGAAUGUUAGAAAAUGAUAUUUUUGAUGAUGUUUGAAAUUGAAAAGAUGAUAAUUUAGUGACUUUUGAAAAUAAAAUAACGAGUUUAACUAGCUUUCUCAUGUCUUACAAAUCUUAUUUUAAGGUCUUACG